AUGGACCAAACCAAGGACCAGGCUCAGGCCAAACCCAACGCCAAUGACAAGGGUGGCUAUCGCCAAAUCAACAAAUCCCUGAACAUCUGCGCCUUCGAAGACUACCUCGAGUCUCAGACCGCACGUCUCCCUCCGCUGGCCGAUGUCGAGCAAUGCUCACCACGAGUAUUACGUGUGCUGGGACAGAAUCCGGGGAAAUUCACGCUGCAAGGCACCAACACGUACAUUGUCGGCACGGGCCAUGAGCGCGCGCUGAUUGACACCGGCGGCGGCAGUCCCGAAUGGGCCGAGCUGGUAGCGACGACGCUCCAACAGCACAACAUCAGGCUUUCGCACGUCUUACUCACGCACUGGCACGGCGACCACACGGGCGGCGUGCCCGACCUGCUGCGACUGUACCCUGACCUGAGCGACUCCAUCUACAAGCACACGCCGGACCGCGGGCAGCAGGCGAUCGCCGACAACCAGAAGUUCGUCGUGGCCGGGGCGACGAUCCGCGCGGUGCACAGCCCCGGGCACUCGGAAGACCACAUGUGCUUCGUGCUGGAGGAGGAGCGGGCCAUGUUCACGGGCGACAACAUCCUCGGCGUGGGCACCAGUGCGGUCGAAGAUCUGGGCAUCUUCAUGCAGUCGCUGCGCAAGAUGCAGGCCCAGGCCUGCCAGGUCGGCUACUCGGCCCACGGCAGCACCAUGGCCGACCUGCCGGCCAAGAUCGCCCAGGAGCUGGCGGCCAAGACGCGUCGAGAACGCCAGGUCCUGCAGACCCUGCAGCGGCUGAACCGGGAAGGCGUCCAGCGCGUCACGGUCAAGGAGCUGGUCGCCCGCAUGUACGGCGGCGGCAUCAACUCCGACGUGGCUGAGUUGGCUCUGGAGCCGUUCAUGGACGAGGUCCUGAGGAAGCUGGCCGCCGAUGGCAAGGUCGCCUUUGAGAAGCGCAAGGGCGUCAAGAGGUGGUUCGAGCUGGCCGCGCCUAGGAACAGGGACACGGAGAAGGACGUUCAUGCUCAUGUGGCCGCGGCGGUGCCGGUUUCGCCCAUGACCGGCUCGAAUUCCAUGAGGAGUGCGCCGGCCAUCAGGGCAUUCUGA